GUCUGUGUCAAUUUCCUCCGCUCAAAAAAAAAAACGAGCAAUUUCCUCAGCAAAAGCCAUGUCGCCGCCGGCCGUCCUGGUUUCCAACGGCGCCGUCUCCCCGCACUCUCCUCCUUCCGCGGCUGCUUUCCUCGAGUCCACUCCGGGAGCCUACACUACCGCGCGCGCAUCCUCCACCGGCCUCAUCCUCUGGUGGCCACGCCACCUCCUCCGCCUCGCCGACUCCGCGCGCCUCCUCGCCCAAUCCCGCCCCCACCUCCUCGGCCUCCCUGCCCCGCCGCCGGGUACUCUCUCCACAGCGCCCAUCGAGCCUCUCGUUAACCAAUCCGUGCGGGUCGGCGUCCACGAGAUGCGGAGCCGGAUGCUGGCGCUUGGGGAGUGCUGCUCGGGGGAAGAUAUGGCGCUCACGGCGUUGGUUCGAGCUGGUGGGGCGGCGGAUGGUUUGGAGGUUUGCGUCCACUUGGGUGCGUACGUGCCUCCGGUCUUCGGGGACGCCGGGGCGAGGCUUGCAGUGGCCGGGAGCGGAAGGGAGGCCGCCGCCGCCAAGUACGCUCCUUGGGCCAGGAUGAGGAAGAGUAUGGAGAAGAUGAGGCCUCCUGGAGCCACGGAGCUCUUGCUGACCAACGAUGGGGAUCGUCUUCUUGAAGGCAGUGUUACAAACUUCUUCGUCGUCUGCCGGAAGGAGGAACGUCAGUCAAAUGAACCCUUGUCUGUUCAAACAAUGGCAAAUAAGUUUGAAGUACAAACAGCUCCACUAAGCGAUGGAGUUCUCCCUGGAAUUAUGCGCCAGAUAGUCAUUGAGGAAUGCCAUGAUCUUGGGAUCCCAGUACAUGAGGUCUCACCAUCAUGGUCCAAGCGUGAACUUUGGGAAGAAGCCUUUGUUACAAGUAGCUUAAGGCUUAUCCAGCAUGUGGAGACAGUUCAGGCACCUUUACUAUGGGAGGACAUAGAAACAAAAACCUGGAGUGAUGUAUCUUGGGCAGUGAAGCAAUUUCAGGGCGCUGGACACAUCACCACACAGAUACAGAGGAAAAUAUCAGGGAGAGCAAUAACUGAGGAAUAUGACAUAAACUAUUUCUUGUGAUUUAUGAAUUGUCAUGAUUUCUGGGUGAUGGGUCUUGGCUUGACCUUCAUUUGUUCUUCAGAUAAGGCUGCCUAAUCAAAACGGAGCUUCUAGUGUUGCCUUCAUGCAAGGACUGUUCAAGAAUUUAGAGAAAUGGUUCCAUGUUGUCCGUGAGAGAUGCGUACCGUGUCCGUGUGUGUUGUGUGUGUGUGUGUGGUGUUGCUGUGCCUGGGAGGAGAGAACGACCAGCUCCACCUCUUCUAGGUCAGCACAUGGGUUGGGCCCUAUGGGCCUAAGACAGAUGGGCAGGGUCCAUACCGGUUUAACACUUCCUCUCAAGAUGACAAGAUGGAUGGUAGAUAUAGAUCAAUUCCAUCUUGUCACAUGCAAGUUACAGCCCUUUGUCAAGCAGUCUGCAACCUGCUGUCUAGAGCUGACAUGACGAGCGAAGAUAAUGGACGACGGUGAAGAUGGAGGAUAGGAAGAACCAAGAAAAGAGGACGAGAUGGGAGAUGGAUGAUGGUGAAGAUGAUGAUGAUGACAGAGAGGAAAGGAAAAAAGUUCAUAGAAGUCCCACUCCGGCCUCUAGCAUGGGUCAGCCUGAUGGGAGGAAGAGAGGAAAGGUGAAGCUCAAGAGAGAAGAAGAGAUGGAGGCGAUAAAAAAAGAUCAAUGAUUUGAUGAUGAAAAGAAACGAGUAUGCCGAGAAGAGAAAUCAAGAAAAGAGGACAAGAUGGGAUGCCAUGAAAGAGAGCCGACGACGUCGGGAAGAGAUGAAAGCACGUAUGCUCCAAAUAUUUAAAUGCCGUUGGUUAGAUGCUUUUGUUCAUGCAACUUCUUAAAAAUUAUGCAUAUGUUUGAUUAGUGCGUUAAACAUUUAAAUUUGGAGAGAAUCAAGUGUAUGAGCAAGAAAACGGAAUA